AUGGCAAGAGUCAACCAAACCAGCCCUGUCUCUGAGUUCAUCCUCGUGGGACUCUCCUCCCGGCCUGAAGACCAGAAGCCACUCUUUAUCCUCUUCCUCACCAUGUACCUAGUCACCAUCACAGGGAACCUACUGAUCAUCCUGGCCAUCCGCUCUGACCCCCAGCUCCAGACCCCCAUGUAUUUCUUCUUGAGUUUCCUGUCCUUCACUGACAUUUGCUUUACAACAACCAUUGUCCCCAGGAUGCUAGUGAACUUCCUCUCAGAGAAGACCAUCUCCUAUGCGGGGUGUCUGACACAGAUAUAUUUCAUUUAUGCUCUGGGCAACACUGACAGUUGCCUUCUGGCAGUCAUGGCCUUUGACCGCUACAUGGCCAUCUGUGACCCCUUCCACUAUGUCACCACCAUGAACCACCGCUGCUGUGUCCUGCUGGUGGCCUUUUCCUGCUCACUUCCUCACCUCCACUCACUCCUACACACACUGCUACUGAAUCGCCUCAUCUUCUGUGACUCCAAUGUUAUCCAUCACUUCCUCUGUGACCUCAGUCCGCUGAUGAAAUUGUCAUGCUCCCCCACUUUUGUCAAUGAAAUCGUGAUAAUGUCCGAAGGUUCUGUUGUUUUGGUGACCCCCUUUCUGUGCAUUACUUUCUCUUACCUACGAAUCCUCAUUGCAGUUCUCAAGAUCCCCUCAGCUGCUGGGAAACACAAAGCCUUCUCCACCUGUGGCUCUCACCUCACUGUAGUAACACUCUUUUAUGGAAGCAUCUUCUAUGUCUAUUUACAGCCCCUGUCCACCUACACUGCCAAGGACCACAAAGCAACACUUGUCUACACAGUUCUUACCUCCAUGCUAAACCCUUUUAUCUACAGUCUGAGAAACAAAGACCUGAAACAGGGUCUGAGGAAGCUGAUGGGCAGGAGGAAGUCCCAGGCAGCACCCUCUUGA